AUGACAUCACAUCGGUUGCAACGCUGGGCCAUCAUACUUAUGGCCUAUCAAUAUGUCGUAAAGUAUAGGAAAACUACUGAACAUGGUAACGCCGACGCUUUAUCGCGUUUACCACUAGGCUACGACAAAAAUUUCGAUGACGAAGAAGCACGCUAUAAUGUACGUGAAUUAUACACACCAAUUAACGCUGAAAUUAUUUGUAGACACGCCGAAAACGAUAAAGUCCUAAAACGGGUCUGCUCCUAUGUACAGCGUGGAUGGCCUGAAAAAUUAAGUCCACAAGAUGCGGAUCUACGACCAUUUUUCAACCACAGAUUUGCCUUAACCAUCAAAAGUAAUUUACCUUGCCUCCAAACGGAGUAUAAUCGUGUCAUCAUUCCCGCUUCUCUCUGCGGUCAAAUUCUUCGAUUGUUACAUGAUGGACACUGGGGUGUAACUAAAAUGAAACAAUUAGCGAGGCGAAAUAUCUGGUGGGUCAACAUGGACAAAGAUAUUGUCGAAAUGUGUAGCAAUUGCGACAUAUGUAAGGUUGUAAAUCCUGCACCCGCACGCCAGUACGAAAGUUGGCCUGACACUAAUCGCCCAUGGGAAAGAGUGCACAUAGAUUCUGCUGGACCUGUUUUUAAUUCUAUGUGGCUCAUCUGCGUCGAUGCAUUUUCACAAUUUCCAUUUAUUGUACAAAUGACAACUACUACCACUGUUCAUACCAUAUCUGCGCUAUCAUGUGGAUGUGGAUAA